AUGUCAAUACCCUCCUAUCCAAUGCCUCAAUAUCGUCCACAAAACAUAGAGGAGGAGAAGCUUCGAUCCUUCUGGGAGAAGCAGUUGUUGGAUAUUCAAGUUGCCGAAGCAUUUAAGAGCCAGCACAAGUUGCCGCUAGCUCGAAUCAGAAGGAUCAUGAAAACAGAAGGAGAUGUGCAGAUGGUCAGUGCUGAAACUCCCAUGCUGAUGUCAAAAGCGUGUGAGAUUUUCAUCCAGGAGCUCACUUUUCGUGCCUGGAUGCGUGCUGAAGAGAGCAACAAGAGUACUGUGCAGCCUUGUGACGUUGCCAAGGUUAUUAUGCAGAAUGAUGCCAUGCAUUUCCUCACUGGUAUUGUUCCAUAUAACCUCCAACAUUUCUGUGCUUAUGGUGCUGAGCCGGAAGAGAAUGCUGCUGGAAACAUUGCAGAAAGACGGUCAAGCCAAACUGCCCUUCCUGAAACACCUGGUUUUAUAGGAAAUCCUAUGAAUGUGAUGGAUAUGGGCAGGGACUUGGAGGCAGGAAACCAACUGCUUAUUCAACCUAACAACGUGAUGCAGUCUCCCUUUGUUAUUCCUUCAGAUCAAUUGCCUUACAAUUUUCAUAUCAAGUGA